GAAGGACCUCUCUUCCAACUCAAUUGCUUAUUUGCUAUCCAUGCGGGGCCCAAUUCUAAUUCCUUCUUCGCUUCCAUUCGACUCUGGCCUUCUUCCAUUCCAUUUCCAGUCAAGCAUUCAAUUUUGUACCGCUCAGCUCUGGCAUCUUGUUAGGCAAUUCGCAUUCUUCCAAAUCCAGUCCAGAAGAGGAAUGGAUGCAUACUCAACAUCAUAAAGAGGAAUCUGUGUUUCACGCAGGCAAUUUACAUCCUGAUAUAACUCUUUCCAUGAAUUGUUCAAAAGGCAUCAUACACCGUCAUUGAGAGCCAGAUUGGGAAUUGGAAUCCUAGGAUUUAAUUCGGAUUGUCAUGGCUUCUGUAACUGAUGUACCGAAGAAAGAGAGCAAGUGUGAGGGACAUAACAUCGAUGGACCCACAAAUCCCAUGGUUACUCCUCUAUUGACAGAUCUCUACCAGUUCACCAUGGCCUAUGCUUACUGGAAAGCUGGCAAACACAAUGAGCGAGCAGUCUUUGACUUGUAUUUCCGGAAGAAUCCAUUUGGUGGUGAAUACACAAUUUUUGCGGGAUUGGAAGAGUGCAUAAAGCUUAUUGCUAAUUUUAAGUUUACAGAGGAUGAGAUUGCUUUUAUCCGACAAUCCUUGCCAGCAACAUGUGAGGAUGGAUUCUUUGAGUACCUACAGAACAUUAACUGUUCAGAUGUUGAAAUAUAUGCCAUAUCUGAAGGGUCAGUCGUCUUUCCCAAGGUGCCAUUACUGAGGAUUGAAGGACCUGUUGCUGUGACCCAAUUGUUGGAAACUCCAUUUGUAAAUCUUAUAAAUUAUGCAUCAUUAGUGACUACCAAUGCUGCAAGGCAUCGCUUUGUUGCUGGGAAGGGAAAACUACUUCUGGAAUUUGGGCUCCGACGAGCACAGGGCCCCGAUGGUGGUAUAGGAGCAUCAAAGUAUUGCUACAUGGGAGGAUUCGAUGCAACGAGUAAUGUUGCUGCUGGAAAGAUAUUUGGAAUUCCGCUCCGUGGAACACACUCUCAUGCCUUUGUUAGCUCAUUUAUGAGCUCAGAUGAGAUUCUAGAGAAAUCACUGCAUACGAAUGAUGGUUCUAGUGUCUGUGACGACUUUGUUAGUCUGGUUCAAGCAUGGCUGAAUAAAUUGAAGUGGUUAAACUUACUAGGUGGAACUUUUGGUGAGACAAACCAGAGCGAAUUAGCAGCUUUCAUAUCAUAUGCACUGGCAUUUCCUGGCUCUUUUUUGGCCCUCGUUGACACUUAUGAUGUUAUUAGAAGCGGCAUUCCAAAUUUUUGUGCUGUUGCUCUUGCACUUAAUGAUUUGGGGUACAAAGCUGUUGGCAUUAGACUAGACUCUGGGGAUCUUGCAUAUCAAUCGUGUGAAGCCAGGAAGUUUUUUUGUGUUGUUGAAAAAGAGUUUGGAGUGCACGGUUUUGGAAAUAUGAGCAUCACAGCAAGCAAUGACCUUAAUGAGGAGACACUGGACGGUCUGAAUAAACAGGGUCAUGAAGUUGAUGCAUUUGGUAUUGGAACUCAUUUGGUCACAUGCUAUGCUCAAGCAGCUCUAGGGGUUGUCUUCAAAUUAGUUGAAAUAAAUAAUCAGCCUCGAAUUAAGCUUUCUGAAGAUGUUACCAAGGUGUCCAUUCCUUGCAAAAAGCGGUGUUAUAGAUUGUAUGGGAAGGAAGGAUACCCUCUUGUGGACAUUAUGACGGGGGGAAACGAACCUUCUCCAAAGGUAGGUGAAAGAAUUCUGUGUCGGCAUCCGUUUAGUGAAUCGAAAAGAGCGUAUGUGGUACCCCAGCGUGUAGAGGAGCUUCUAAAGUGUUACUGGACUGGAUCAACAGAUAAAGCUAGAGAGACUUUGCCGCCGCUUAAGCAGAUAAGGGAGCGUUGCAUCGAGCAUCUGAGUCAAAUGCGGCCUGAUCACAUGAGAAGGCUGAACCCAACGCCUUACAAGGUCAGUGUGAGUGCAAAGCUGUAUGAUUUCAUUCAUUUUCUGUGGCUAAAUGAAGCGCCUGUUGGAGAGUUGCAGUGACAAUAAUCAAAGCUGUGAAGUUAACAAGAGUUGGAGUAUAGGGGUUAGAAUAACGGCCCUCAAGAGGGCACAUUUGUUUUCUUGCACUAACCAUUAUAUUUAUAUUUGCCUUUUUCUUUAAUAUUCAUCUCUGUUCAAAGCAUUCAUUUUAGAUGCACACAGAAAAUUUAUUCACUGAAGUCAUACAUCAUUUUGUACAACAGUACAAGUGAAAUUCUUUGCCAGUAAACUUCAUUUUCAUUUUCCUUCAGUUUUUUUUUUUUAAAUUUUGUUUGCCACAAACACAACAUAUAUGAUGUUGAACAUCUGUACCUUUUCUACCAUGCUUAUGAGUUAUGGCUCAUAUAUUUCAGUU